GCGCGUGAGGGUUUUUGUCCCUUCCGAGCCGCCGUAGCGAUGGGAGAUAACAUGUCCAAGCGACUGAAGCUGAUCUCGGCUACUGAGGCAGAGAUGGAGGAGCGCACUUUUCCAAACCCGUACCCAGACUGGGACCCAGGAGUCCUCACCUCCAACUCUGGAGCUGAUGUAGACUACAAUGAGCCAUUUGAUGCCGACGGAAAGGUGAGUGCAGCCUUCCAGAAGAAGGUCGAAAACAAAAUUAAAGAUCUCCUCACACAGAUGGAGGAGGGCCUCAAGACAGCCGACCCCCAUGACUUCUCCACCUACACAGGCUGGACGGGCAUCGCCUUGCUGUACCUGCAGCUGUACCGGGUGACACAGGAGGCCUCCCACCUGCAGAGGGCUCUGGACUACGUGAAGAGGACAAUGAGGAGCCUGAAUGGACGUAAAGUGACCUUCCUGUGUGGUGAUGCAGGCCCGCUGGCUGUGGGAGCAGUGGUCCAUCACAAGCUUAACAACUCUGCUGAUAGCAAGGACUGUGUGUCCAGGCUCCUCCAGCUGCAGCGAUCAGUCCUGAGUUCAGACGCCGAGAUGCCAGACGAGCUGCUGUACGGCCGGGCCGGCUACCUUUAUGCCCUGCUCUACAUCAACAAAGAGAUUGGACCUGACACUGUGGACGAAGAAACCAUUACAAAGGUGGUGACAGUCAUCCUGGAGUCGGGGAAAAACAUGUCAGCAGAACAGAAGAAGACGGAUCGCUGUCCUCUGCUCUAUGAAUGGCACAAGAAGCAGUACAUCGGUGCUGCACAUGGCCUGGCUGGUAUAUAUUACAUGCUCAUGCAGCCUGCAGCGAAGGUGAAUCCAGACAUGCUGUCAGAGCUGAUCCGUCCCUGCAUCGACUACGUUCGCCACAAGAAGUUUCGCUCUGGGAACUUCCCAUCAUCUCUGAGCAACGAGAGCGACCGGUUGGUUCACUGGUGCCACGGAUCCCCCGGUGUCAUCCACAUGCUCAUCAUGGCUCAUAAGGUGUUCAAAGAGGACAAGUAUCUGAAGGACGCUGUGGAAUGUUCUGAGGUGAUAUGGCAGCGAGGCCUGCUCAGAAAAGGCUACGGUAUCUGCCACGGUACUGCUGGGAACGGUUACGCCUUCCUGUCCCUUUACAAGGUCACCAAGGAGAAGAAAUACCUGUACCGUGCAUGCAAGUUUGCCGAGUGGUGUUUGGCCUACGGAACCCACGGCUGUCGCAUCCCAGAUCGACCUUACUCUCUUUUUGAAGGUAUGGCAGGGGCCAUCUACUACUUAUCGGAGAUAGCGCAGCCUGAAGCUUGCUGCUUCCCUGCAUUUGAACUUUGACCUGCCAGCUGAUGGGACUGAGGAUGAUGAAGGGAAAGGAUGCAUUUUUGUUGCAGCGUUCAGCCUUGGUUUUCAGGAUCAGUCCAAAUACGGCUUAUACAGAGGAAUGAGUGCAAUUGUGUUUUGAGGUAAUCACACAUGUUGUUUGGUUGUAUAAAAUUUAGAAUAUGUACAAAAAUAAAAGGGGGGUUAUUUUAAGACCGGUUGAAUGUUAUGAAUCUGGAGGAAAGAAGUCUAAUUGAAGAAGAUGGUGUGAAUGGAUGUUUCUCCUCUUGAAUAUGGACACUUACAUCCUGUAGUACAUGUCAGAGGAAUAAUGUCAAAUGUUAUUAAACCUUCACCUCUGAGGUCCCUCCUCAUCCUCUACGUGUGUUGGGCUGAAGACUUGGACCCUGGUUCUUCUUUUUGCUUACACAAGUGAUAGCCUGCUGGCUUGGACACAGAAGAACACACUCACCACCCUCAGCCUUACCGUAGCACCUAGGCCAAGAAAGAGGGUGUGUGCGUGUGGAUGUUUGUGAGUGUAUGUGCGUUUGUAUAAGUGAACUAAAGCUGUUUUGGUAUUUCAAUACCUCUGCAUGCUCACUCUAACGGCUCUCGGUGCCUCAUAUCCUGUCAAUGUAGUGAUUUCCUCUUCCUGUAUUUGUAAGUGUGGCAGUUCAGUUCUCCGGGUAUUUAUCACAUUGUGGGGAAAGAUUCUCUGUGGUCCUCAUUUAACCAGAUUUUAGUAUUGUUUAUUUGAUCGCCAGACUAUUUUAAAGCUUAUGUUUGAUUUCUUUAUUUCUUGUGUUAACUAAAAACUAUAAGAUGCUAUGUUGCACUUCUUUCUAAAGAGGAGAAGGUUAGAUUGGAAAGCCUUGGAAGGCUAAAUAAGAGCGUUUGAGUCCUCUUUUUAAAAAAAGUCUGCUUAGUGUUAUUGAAGCUAAUGUACCAACUAUGUUUUAUCGAAGCCCUUUGCUCUCUGUAGCUCAAUAUUUGGCUUUUUGGAGGGCCUUUAUGCUUUUUUAUGCUUUUUUAAAAUAGCUUUGCUAACUAAUAUUCUAACGGAUUUCUGCUUAAUUGAAGAGAUACUUUUUCUUUUUCUUAUUUAGUUAUUUUGUAAUAAUUUUUGACUAGUUAGGUGCACAAGUCAGAACUAAUGCUAAAGAUUGUAUGUAUUCUUAGCAAAAAACAUGUGCAGUGUUUAGUGUUUUACUGUAAAAAAAAAUAAGUUGCAUUUUAAAAUAUACUUUUUAAUACAUUUUUUUUUUAGGCUCCUUGUUUGAAACAAAAUCAAAAAAAGUUAGCGUGGCGAUUAGCUUCUUUAGCUAGUCAGCAACGUUUUAUCCUGGUUAAAAAAAAAAAGACAAUUUUCCCCACAAUGUGUCAAGUGUCAAAUCAUUUGGAGUAAAAGUGUAUUGUGCUGAAGAGGUUUAAAAAUUUGGUCUUUUUGUUUCAAGCUACAAAAGCUAAUUUUGUAUUUAUAGCAUUUCUGCUAAAGUCACACCAAGCUAGCUUGUUAGCUUGCAUCUAACAGCAUGUAUUGGCCUUCAGCUCAAUAGUAAAACAUUUUAAAAUAUAUAUUUAAUUUGGAUAUGGCCUCAAAUUGAUUCGGGUACACUACAUAUGUGGCACAUGAUGCUUUGAAUAACGUGGGUGAUGGUUGGAGAAGGCCAAGGAAUCUGUUUUUUUACUUAACUGUCUGAACUUGUUAACUUAAUAUCACAGGUGUUUGUACUGGCCUUAACUUUGCCCUCCAGAGAUACUACUCAUGCUCACCUCCCAGUUCUCACUUUGUUUACUCACUUUACCUUUAAUGUACUGAUAUACAAACAGCCAUGAACUUAGACAUCUCUCUUGUGUGCAUUCAUGAGGUUUUGAGAAAUGGAACCAAACAUGUCAGCCUCUGUAUCAUUUCAUGUAGACUCACAGGUUUGUGGAUCAGACACCUGACAGUGAGAGUGAUUCAUAACUGAUCAUCUCAUAAGGUCACAUACUUGUAUUCUGGAUGUAUUAUGUCUACGAUGCUUUGUGGAAAUUGAAGCCCAUAGCUCAAUAAAAUAUGUCUGAAAUCAUGCCAAAUGGAUCAAGGUUUGCAGCAUCUAAUCCUUAUUAAACAAUAUUUUAAGUUUUUAUUUUAAGCUUCUGUGAGGAGCCAACUAUUGAAUUGAAUUUAGUGCCCCUAGUGGACAAUGCGGUUGUCUUAUCUCUCUGCUGAUGGUCUCCUGUAAAUGCAUAGGUCCUAUCUUCUAAGAGGAAAUCUCUUCCUCCCGUCUUAACCAUCAGUUGUAUCACUCAUCAAAUCUCUGCCUUAGAAAAGGUCAACAAAGUCUGUUUCUACACAAGCUGUAACUCACUCUGCCUGGCGGCAGUGGAAUCAAGCCUAAAAAUUGACCAUGUUAGACCAUGUCCAAUGAUCUCGCUAGAUUUUGUAGCUCACAUAGAUGCAUCAAUUUUUGUUUCAGUCUGUUUCACAACUAGCUAAAAUCUCCACUAUGUCCAUGAAUUCAGACGGCCCAUGAAUGCACAUAAAAUGCCUAAUUCUCUUGCAGAGGUCUGUUAUGAAUGUCUUUGCAUGAGGAUGAUUUCACAGAAAGAAAUGUGUGUGUUAAGAGUGUCUUCCUGACUGGUCCUAAUGUGUUCGGUGGUGAUUUGUAUUGGAGUGUUUGACCUUUGUCCCAGUCUGUGUAUUUGAUUUGCUGUCGGCCUAAUUGAUGUCAAAUAUGAAUGUUUGUGUGUUUAUUUUCCACAUUAAACUCCUGAGCUUCAGUGACAGCAGCAGCAGUGAAAAUCUA